UCCUGUACAGGGGGCGUGAACAAAAGGAAUUUCUUUACCGCGUGCUCCCUCGCGCAGUGUUUACCGCUGCACUUAAAACACUACGAUAAUAUUUUAGCUUAGAAAUGGAGACAUUUAACAUGCUGCUGUUGGAGUACCCUCAGUUAAUGUACGGCGGGGUCGGAGCUACGGCGUUUAUUGCAGGCGGAGCGCUGAUCUACAAAAUAGCUUCUAGGAAGAAGCCCGCUUAUGCAAAUGUAAACUGCUGGUUCUGCAAUCAGAACACAGUGGUUCCUUAUGGAAACAGGAACUGCUGGGAUUGUCCCAACUGUGACCAGUACAAUGGCUUCCAAGAGAAUGGCGAUUACAACAAACCCAUCCCAGCUCAGUACAUGGAGCAUCUUAACCAUGGUGUAACUGGAAGCGUUCCUUCACCUGAGAAACCCAAGACUCUGCAGUGGGUUAACUGUCAAAUGCUGCUGUGCAGAAAGUGCAAUAAUAACCAGACUGUGAAAAUCAAGCAAUUGGCUUCGUAUGUUCCCAGGGAUGACGACAAUUACGACGAGGAAAUCGAAGCCUACAAGCAUCACCUGGAGCAGACUUUUAAGUUGUGCAGGCCAUGUCAGACUGCGGUGGAAUAUUACAUAAAAUAUCAAAACCGCCAGCUUCGUACGAGGCUCCUGACCCACCAGCUCCGGCGCUCCCGAGAAUCAGACUUGGGGUUUGUGAAGAGCUCCCAUUCUCUGUCCUCGCCCACCGGAGUCGUACUGUUACGGUCCCUGGCCUUCCUGAUUUGUGCGUUUCUUCUCACUACGUUUGUCUACAAAUUGCCAGAACAGCCUCUCCCUCCAAAUGGGCCUCAGACCUUAAGUGGGGGCGUCGUUCCUCCAAAGCCAAAAUCCAGCAACGAGUCCACUGCCAGCAACGCCACAGAUUUGCCUGUGUGGCAGGGUCUGCUGGACUUCAUCCCAGAAAAGGCUGCUGAAAACGCCAAGCUAGUCUGGCAGCACGGCAGGGACAACCGGCUGGCGGUAGUGUCCGUGGGCCUGAUGACGUGUCUCACGGCUAUUUUCUUAGCCGGACCGAUGCGGUUGAGGAGAAUCGACGCCAUAGCCUCUGUCCUGUGGUUUGUCGUCCUGUGCCUCUGCCUGGCUGAGAGCUACUUGACCGACACGCCGAGCUGGAUGGACUCAGUGAAGCUUGCUAGCGUCUCCCUCUGUUGCCUCGUCGGCCUCGCCGCCGCCGCCGCGACUCGCAAGCCAAUGGGUCAGCGAAGAGCCAGAUAUCGAAGAUACCUUGCAGGCAGCGCUGCAGUCCCGCCCUUCAGCAGCCAGCCUCCUCCCUUUCACCCACCCGACAUGGCAGACAGCUUCAUCCUCACCCCGCCCCCCAACAUUUCUGAGCUUAUCAGCCGCCAGCACAGUCCUCGCGAGCGCAAAGCUUCCCCCUCCACUCUGCCCGGACGCCUCAGCAGAGCCCUCUGCCUCGGGACGGUCCCCUCCCUCACGAGGACAGGUUCUGGCUACCUUUUUAGUGGUAGUAGACCUGGCUCACAAUACAAAGACUCACCAUCAUCAGAUUACUUUUCUCUGAAGUCCGGGAGUCGCCCAUCAUCCCCUGCCCCCUCUCCUACCCCUUCGGUGGCCGGGUCGGUCACGUCCAGCUCUGGUUCGGCCAGACAGCGCCGUCCCCUCAUCAGUCCGGCUCGCCUCAACAUCACUGGCCAGAAGCUCCGUCUAUUUUCCAGCGAAGCAGAGCCAAAGCUCGUUUCUCCACCUUUGUCCUCGUUUCCUUUUUGCGUUGAGCCGACGCCUUCGAUUUACAGCGGCUGCUUCUCACGAGACGUCUCUCCUUUCCAAAGUCAGAACGAUUUAAGUUGCUUACUGAGAGAUGGAAGUGUGAUAGAAGAAGAGGAGAAACAAAGCAGCUCCUCGGCGUCCUCCGCCUGCCAGGUUGGAACAACAACACAAAGUCCUGAGAGCUUCUCUGCGCAAAAAGGUUUUGUGAAACAUUUGAUCUUACCCUCGGUUUUAUUGACGAGCCUGACUGCCAACCUGUUGUUCGGCUGCUUCUAUCUCUACCACAACUGGGGCUGAAGCCUCAGCGAGUCUGCUGCUGGUUUUCUCAUGAACUGACCAGAGAGCCUGGGCCUCUGGACCUUUUUUUAUGUCUCUGGCCUCCAAUACCAGAAACCCCCCGCCUCCCCCCCACCCCUCAUCCCCACCAUCUGCUGGCGUUUGACUUAAAAACACAGCAGAUUUCAGCAGACACGUUUCAGUUCGAGUAAGACCUCCUGUUUUGU